AUGACUAUGGAAUCUGAACAACGACUUUCAUCAUCGGAUUCAACAAUCGUUGGUAUUGUUGAGAACAUCAGAAAAAGUGCUAGUGAUUCAUGGAAUUAUCGUGGUCUAGAACUUUCAAAUGAGAUGCUUGUUUUACUUAUAAGUCAUCCAAAUAUUGAUAAAGCUGCUGCUGCUCUUGAUGUAACGAUUGGUAGUUUAGCUGAUCCAAAAGAUAUUCCUGGCAUUGCUCAUUUUCUUGAACAUAUGCUUUUUAUGGGUAGUUCAAAAUAUCCAGAUGAAAAUGAAUAUUCAAAAUUAAUAGUAGGAAAUGGUGGUUGUUCAAAUGCUUUUACAAGUGAUGAUCAUACGAAUUUUAAUUUUGAUAUUAAUCCAAGUUUAUUAGCAGAUGCACUUGAUAUGUUAGUUUGA